UUCCAGCAAAGGAAGCGCAGUAAGUGCGCGGGUAUCAGAAGCACAACGCGGUGACAGGCUGUUCACCGACAGCUCGGGAAUGAGAUCCCGGGACUGAAUCAGAAAGGAAAGAAGGAAUCGGCCCUAUGGCGCCGACGGUCUCUUCAUUUUUCCAUCCUAGAAGAAAAGACCUUAUAUUUAAAGCUCAAGAUGGAAAAUCAUGAACCAGAUUAUACUGUCAAGGAAAACCGAAUUUUUGAUAUCAUAACCAGAAAAAUUAACCAACUUCCAGAAGCAGAAAGGGGUCUACUUGAACAUGGAUCGACAUAUAUUGGAUUUAAUGCUGCUAUCUGUGGCCUAAUAGCAAACAGUCUUUUUCGGCGCGUCUUAAAUGUGACACAGGCUCGUAUAGCUGCAGGCUUACCAAUGGCAGUAAUCCCAUUUUUGGCAGCAAACGUAUCUUACAAAGGUUUUGUAAGUUUACCAUUGAAUACAGGUGAUUUGAACUGUGAAACCUGUACUGUAAUACGGGGUGGAUUAGUUGGUCUUGCUUUUGGUGGUCUGUACCCUGUUUUCUUGGCUAUACCUGUGAAUGGUGGUCUAGCAGCCAGGUAUUCCUCAGCCCUGCUACCAGAGAAAGGAAACAUCUUAACUUACUGGAUCAGAAUUUCUAAGCCUAUCUUUAGAAAGAUGUUAUUUCCCAUUUUGCUCCAGACGGGGUUUGCAGCAUACCUUGGUUCUAGACAAUAUAAACUACUUAUAAAGGCUCUUCAGUUGCCUGAACCUGGAUUAGAAAUUCAGUGAUUGUUAAGCAAAUCUAUACACAAAAAUAAACCUGUAAAAAUUA